CACAAUUCGCAAGCUAUCUUCUUCUUCUUCUUCUCGAUCACAAAAUCCAAACUUUUCUAAAACCCGAAUCAGAUAAAUCCAACAUCAUGGGCUUAAUUCCUCAGCCACAAGAAUCGGUUCAAGAAUCUCACUUCUACACCCAUAAGAUAUUCCUCUUCUCAAACUACGUCCUCCUCGGUGCAUCCUCGAGCUGCAUCUUCCUCACUCUCUCUCUCCGUCUUAUCCCUUCACUCUGCGGUUUCUUCCUCAUUCUCCUUCACGCCACCACAAUUGCAGCUGCCGUCUCUGGCUGUGCAGCCGCAUCUUAUGGCAAGAACCGGUGGUACGCAGCUCACAUGAUCGCCACUGUCCUUACUGCCAUUUUCCAAGGCUCAGUCUCUGUUCUCAUCUUUACCAACACUUCGAAUUUCCUCGAGAGCCUUAACUCUUAUGUCCGUGAGAAAGAAGCGUCUAUGAUCUUGAAACUAGCUGGUGGGCUCUGUGUUGCGAUCUUUUGCCUUGAGUGGAUCGUUCUUGUUCUCGCCUUCUUCUUGAAGUACUAUGCUUAUGUAGAUGGUAAUGGCAACAUUAACGGAGUUGCUAUGAAGAGGACUGGUAAGGUUCAGAGUGACUUCCAAGUUUGAAGAAAUUUGACUCCUUGUAGUUAUUUUGUUUGAGAGAAGAGAGUUUGUAUCAAAUGUUAGUUUGAUCUGUUUUUCAGGGUUUGGUUUAUAUGUAUUGGAGAAUUGAAUUUAUUGAUUACUUUGUUGAUGAUUCUA